GAUCACACGGACAUGGCGGUGUAUCGGUGCAAUGUUUGCCAACGGACUGUCUUCUCCGGUAGAAGGAAACAUGUUUACGAAAAGGGACACCGAGAACGACUGGCUGCCAUCCUAAAGGCAUUUGGGGCCAAGAUGGCUGCUGCCCGGAAGAUGAUAAAAACUGCAUCUGUUGUAAAGUUUGAUGCUCAGGAGCAUGAGAAGAAAUUCUGGUGCCAUUGCUGUGAGGAGGAAGUGCAGAAACAUACAAGCGAUGGGGGCAUAACUGUAUUGUAUGGCAGUCUUUUGGAACAUGUGCACAGUCCAGAACACCGGAAAGCUGUGAACAAAUUCUGGUGGACACAACAAGCAGAUGUGAAGCUGAAGCCACAAUUUACUCUUACACCAGAAGAGUAUGAAAGGUUCAAGUCAUCCGUCAUCAAGGCUUUGGAAAACUAUGACGAAACAGAAGAUCAUCUUAUGAAAGAGCUUGCUGCACAGAUCCGAGAGGCAGAACAGAACCGGCUGGAAAUGCUUCACAGUGCUCUAGAGCCUGUAGCAUGCCAUUCUGGAGAAGAGAGAAAAGUGGCCUGGAGCAACAAAGAAGGCGUUGUGUACAGGGAAACUGUAGAUCUGGAUUCAGAAGAGCCUGGUCCUAGUGGGAUCCAUUUCAUGGCUUCCAAUUCAACAAGAACACCUCUGACAUAUAUUGGUCAUCUGGUGACGUCUUCAGUAGGAAAUGUACAUACAGGUGCUAUUCCCCCCUGGAUGAUACCAGAUGCAAAUGAGUCAAAAGAACAGAAAGAAAUUGGGCCAUCACAUGCAGAUUUCCUGAAACAUAAGGAGAAGAUGAAUAUUAAAAAACUUCCUCCAAACAGAGUAGGAGCAAACUUUGACCACAGCACUCCCACUGAUGAGGGUUGGCUUCCUUCCUUUGGCAGAGUGUGGAAUAGUGGAAGAAGGUGGCAGUCUCGACACCAAUACAGAAGUGAGGUGGAAGAGGUGGCUGCAAAACGGAAAAAAAGGAAUGAGGAGCCAUAGAGAAGCAAUUCUGUAUAUACUUGCGUAUCUGUAAAUUAUCUGCUCUCUGCACUUGCUGUUUUUUGGUUUUAU